UUAAAUAAAAUAAAUAAAUAAUAUAUUAAAUAAAUAAAUCAAAUAAAAAUGAGAUCCCUAAAAAAGGGUGACAGACUGGGGUCCAAAAGCUUUUGGCCAUAUUGUGCUCAAUAUAAGUGUGUGGACAGGGGCGGACUGACCAUUUGGAAACUCGGGCACUGCCCGAGGGCCCGGGGUCGUUAGGGGGCCCCAUGAGAUGCCCCUGGUACCUUUUUGAUAGGCUUUUUUGAGUUUGGGCAAGGACACAGGCGCCCCAUGAUCCCCUAUUGCCUGGGGGGCUCCAUGAGUUGUCAGUCCGCCCCUGUGUGUGGAGGGUGAU